CUGUAAAUUUGUGAUAAAGGACAAUCGUAGUGUUGGUAGUUGUAUAACUACACAGUUAUGAAAGUAUUGAAUUGUGAGGCGAUGUGUAUUAGUUUUCUUCUACAUAUGCGGUUAAUGAUUUAUAUUUCUCCCUUCGCUGUCAAUGAGUAUAUUGCCUCUGUGCCGUACACCUAGUCACUUGCUUGUCCCGUCUUCGGUAAUUUUUCACUCUUUUCGUGUGAGGCGUCAGCAGCUUGGAUUGAGCGGAGCAUUCAUAUUAACCGCAUCAGCUCAGCGAACACAGAAAAAAAGUUAUGCUUUCAUAGUUCAUUGGUCUUCCAUUCAGUGCAAUGCAGCAGGACUGAUCAGCGGAAGUGCAUCGUUGGCCGGACAGUUGAGUCUUAAACUGGUCAUCUUUUAGUACAGGCACAAUUAGAAGAGAUACAAUACAGUAUGGUCUUGAGGGAAGAAGGGAGUGCAUAACAUACCAAGCCAGUAUUUGCCAUUUUGAUAAUAACAUACUCCAUUUGCUUAUGUGCUUGCAUUUGACACAGUGCGCUGUAUUAUAUAUCUCACAAUUUUAUUUGUGUGAUCUUUUUGUAUGUAGGUACUUUGUUGUGUAUUGUAAUUGUGCAUCAUGGAAGAUGAAGUUUGUGAUUGUGCUAUAGAAGACUUAUUAAAACAAUCAUUUUCUUGUAGGGAUUUUGCUACCAAGAAGAGAAUCAUUGAAACAGGCAGACCAAUUCCUUUUCUCACUAAAAUGGUGAAAUUGUCAAAGAAUAGGUUACGCCAUUUUUCCGAUUCUUGGUACAAUACUGAUCUUUGGCUGUGUGGUUGUAAGAAAUCUUCAUCAUUGUAUUGUUGGCCUUGUCUCCUUUUCUCAACUGAAAGAAAUAUGUGGACAACAAAUGGUGUUAGUGACAUCGCUUCUUUCUAUGUAUUGAAAAAGAGACAUGAACUUUCAGUGAAUCAUGUGAAUUCUAAAAUAGCUCUACUGAAGUUUGGUAACACUCAAAUUGAAGAUUCUUUGAGCCCAUCAUACAAAAUAGAUUGUGAAAAACACAAUGAAAAAGUCAAAGCCAAUAGAUAUAUUGUUAGUUGUUUUAUAGAUGCUAUUUGCUACCUUGCCCAGCAAGAACUCCCUUUUAGAGGGCAUCUGGAAAACACGGAAUCAGAAAACAGAGGAAAUUAUUUGGAAUACCUUCACCGCAGGGCUCGGUAUGAUGAGAAACUUCGUGUUCACUUGGAAACUUCAACACUUCUUAUCGGCACUUCUCAUGACAUCCAGAAUGACCUCAUCGAUUCCAUUUCAACUGUGAUGAUAAACAAAAUAAAAGAAGAGGUGAAGCAAACUCACUUUGUGUCUAUAAUCGAAGACGUGGUUGUAGAUGUAUCUGGAAAAUCUCAACUUUCGUCUGUUCUUCGUUAUGUGACUCCUGAUGGCAGCGUGCAGGAACGAUUCAUCAGAUUUUCAGAUGUCAGCCAAGAUCGCUCUGCUGCUUCCUUGUCAGUUCAUGUUUUUAACCUCAUAAAUGAAUUUCGAUGUGGUGAGAAACUGGUAGCUCAGACAUACGAUGGUGCAGCCGUUAUGGUGGGCGAGCAUAACGGACUGCAGGAAUUAAUUCGUGACAAAUAUGAGACGGCCUUCUUCGUACACUGUUACGCUCACCAGUUGAACUUAGUGCUAAGACAGUCAGUUGAAUGCAUCCCAGAAUGUAAAGUUUUCUUUGAAACAUUGUCUGGUUUUGCGUCUUUUUUUUCAAAAUCGUCAAAGAGGUUAGCCGCAUUUGACAAGCUUGUCACCAGACGCUUGCCUUCAGUUGCUCCCACCAUAUGGCUUUAUGCUGAAAGAUUGGUUGAAGUUAUCUCACAGUUGAAAACAGAACUUAUCAAUUUCUUCAAAUCAGUGACUAAUGACACGAAAGAGUGGGACGGAGAGACACGAAUAUCUGCACGAGGGUAUUAUGAAAUUCUUCAAGAUUUUGACUUCAAUUUUUAUUUGAAAGUGUUUUCAGGAGUACUUCCACAAGCCAAAGAACUUUUUGAGAUUAUGCAAACCAUAGGUAACAUUAGUUACUGUUCCAAAAUAGUUGAAGAAUUUCAGAAUUUUUUAACAGAGAAACUCAACAGUUUUGAAGAGGUGUGGUCAGAAAGUGUAAGCUGCUCACAGGGAGAUGAACAUUCAGAAUUGCUGGCUAAGAGACCACGAAUUGCAGUGAUUAAUAAUGACCAAAAAAUAUAUUAUCAGCGGCUGUACCGUGAAAUAAUUGACACUAUGAAAGGACAGUUGACCAAUCGAUUCUCUGAAAUUCUAAAGCUAAAGUUUGUUUCACUUCUAGACUUUGGAAACUUUAAACACUACUCUGAAAUGUUUCCAGCUGCUGCGUAUGAGUCCUUAUUGCUGUCAUAUGGACGGUAUUUUGAUGCUCUUCUACUAAAAACCGAACUUUCUGUUAUUUAUUCAUCGGAAGAAUUUUUGAAGAGCAAUAUUUCAGAUCUGCUCAGAUAUUUGAUUACUUCAAAUCUGAAUACAGCAUUACCAGAAGUCACAAAAUUAUCUGCCUUGUUAUUAACAAUUCCAACAACCAGCGCAUCUGUCGAGGGGUCGUUCUCUGCUUUGAAGAGGGUCAAUACUUACCUACACAGCACGCAGACUCAGGAGAGACUCACUAAAUUAUCGUUAAUGACGAUUGAGAAGAGAAUUCUUCAAGACCUUGAAAGCAGUCCAAACUUCUGCAGCUCUGUGAUAGAUAUUUUCAGUGAAAAAAAUUCUAGUGUGGAACUGAAAUAUAAGGUAUAGUGUAAAUCGUUCAUGAAUGCUGUCCCUGUACCCGACAGUGAGGAUAUAAUGAAUUUUCAAUCCAUCCAAUGGCACUACAGUCUGAUUCCAGUCCUUGGCCUCCUACAAUUUGGGAGGUUUCCUGGUCUUUGAAGUGUGCAUUUGUGAGUAGUGACAAGCCCACAGCCUCUGCACAAUUUCUAUUCAAUCCUGAUUUGUGUGCAAGAGCAUAAUGAAUAUUACAACAUUUUUUUAGUUGUGUAAUAUGCAGCUUCCUUUUUCAUAAGAAAUGUCUGAUAUUAAGCAAGUACAAUAUGAAAGUCACAUUAUUUCUGAGAUAUAUAUGUUGCCCAAAAUCUGUUGAACUUAAAGUAACAUGUCUGAUACUCAUGAAGGGGAAGGAUAAUGGAAGUACACGUCCUCUUUGUUGACCUUGGCACUAGACAGAACUUUACAUUGUGGGUUCUUUACCUACAGGGAAAUUGCCUCCACUUCCUGUUGGUGGUUUAGUAGGCCUCAGAACAAGUCUGGAUGCAGAGGCUAGGAGAAAAGUCUUUUACCCUUGUUGGAAAUCAGACCCAGUAAUCCAGCAUGUCAGUCACUGCACUGGCUAAGCUACCUUCGUUCAGAUUAAGGUUGAUUUUUUGGCGAGUACUGUAAUAUUACAUAAUGUACUACAUUAUUUGAGUGUAGGUUGCUCUAUAUGUUUUAUUAGGAAACUUUUCAUUUGGUUCAGUUUGUGUAAUGAUGGUUUUGUUUGGCAUGAGAUGAUAGUUGACAGACUCUCUAUCUGAAUGCCGUGAACAUGUCUGCUUUGGAUUUAUGUGGGAGUCUCUGAAAAACAGUGUAGUUAUACGAAUGUUGAGGUAUUAUUUAGAAUUACAGCCUGCACUAAGUUAUCAGUUUUGUAUACUGUAUUGGCUGUCACAAUGGGAGUCUUUUCAUGGGUUUUAGAGAUAUGUGAGGUAGCUGACAUUGAUAUACCUUAAGAAUGGUACAGGAAUCAUGUUCUAAUUUGAGGAAGUAACGUUCUCUACUGACAUUAUUUGCUGUUAGUUGCAUGCUACUCAAUAAAAAUUAUUAUUAUUCAACUCAUCUUCUCAUGUGGAUAGUACAUAAGUGACUGGAGAAGAAUGUUUUGUGUAUGUUUAUAGUUCUAAUGCUGAAUAAAUCUUGAGGGUGGCUGUCUAA